UCAUGCAAAGUGCGUUAACAAACGAAUUACAGUGACCUUUUGUAAAGCGCCAUCUCAAAUUAUAUCGCGAUAUGUUUCUUUAAUUGUUGUAUAUAUUCGUAAAUAAAUAUGAUUAUGGCAAUAUAUAUAAAGCUAAACUUCCAUAGUACGAAGAGUAUCGUUAUAUAGUUCACUUCUACAUCCAAGGAAAAUUUAUAUAUUUCGUUAUAAUUAUAAAAUCACUAUAAUAUAUUUUCUAGCUACUAGCAUAGUUCGUGAUUGUAAUAGGCGCAAAAGUCAUCUUUUUGGUUAUUCAUGUAGAAAAGAUGGUGGUGACAGCAGCCUCUGUUCGUCAACAACUGACGAAUUUAGCAUAUUCCGGAGGAUCUCAUAAAGAUCAAGCAGAAAAGUAUCGAGGGAUUUUGGACUCAAUACUAUUAUCGUCCAGCGAAGAAGCGAUGGAUGCUUUGAAAAUAUUCAUUGAAGCAAUUGUAAAUGAAUAUGUAAGUUUGGUCAUUUCGAGACAAGUUUUAACAGAUGUCAGUAAUCGAUUAUUACUUUUACCUGAUGAAGUAUCAAUGGCAAUUUCACAUUAUACAUUAGACAAGAUACAACCAAGAGUGAUCUCAUUUGAAGAACAAGUCGCUAGUAUAAGGCAACACUUAGCAAAGAUCUAUGAACGUAAUCAAAAUUGGAGAGAAGCGGCUAAUGUUUUAGUUGGAAUACCAUUAGAAACAGGGCAAAAGCAAUAUACAGUUGAUUACAAGCUUGAAACUUAUCUUAAAAUUGCACGAUUGUACUUAGAAGAUGAUGAUCCAGUACAAGCUGAAGCAUUUAUCAAUAGGGCAUCUCUUUUACAGGCUGAGUCAAAAAAUGAACAGUUACAAAUUUACUAUAAAGUUUGUUAUGCCAGAGUAUUAGAUUAUAGAAGAAAAUUUAUAGAAGCAGCUCAAAGAUACAAUGAAUUAUCAUAUAGAUCUAUUAUCCAUGAAGAUGAACGUAUGACUGCACUUAGGAAUGCAUUAAUUUGUACAGUAUUAGCUUCUGCAGGUCAACAAAGAAGUCGUAUGUUAGCCACAUUAUUUAAAGAUGAGCGUUGUCAACAACUUCCUGCUUAUUCAAUUCUUGAGAAAAUGUAUUUGGAUCGUAUUAUUCGACGUUCCGAAUUACAAGAAUUUGAAGCCUUAUUACAACCUCAUCAGAAAGCAAGUACAAUUGAUGGAUUGGGAUCAACCAUUCUUGACCGUGCCGUUAUAGAACAUAACUUAUUAUCUGCUAGUAAAUUAUAUAAUAACAUAACGUUUGAAGAAUUGGGUGCUUUGUUAGAAAUUCCACCAACGAAAGCAGAAAAAAUUGCUAGUCAAAUGAUCACAGAAGGUCGAAUGAAUGGAUACAUUGAUCAAAUUGAUUCUAUUGUUCAUUUUGAAACACGUGAAACCUUACCAACGUGGGAUAAACAAAUACAAUCACUUUGUUAUCAGGUAAACCAAAUAAUAGAAAAAAUUGCUCAAACUGAACCAGAAUGGAUAGCAAAAGCAAUGGAAGAUCAGAUGGUGCAUUAAUAUAAAUUUUUUUAAUAUUAAAUAAACAUUCGUACACACAGAUCGAAACAAAAACAUUAAACAUUUGAUACAUAAACUAAAAAUUUGAAGUCAAUAAAGAUUAUUGUGAUUGUACAAUGAUCUUUAUGCAUUGCAAGUAAUAUAACAUGCUCGUUAAAUUUUAUUUUAAUAUGCACGAAAUUAAUUUCUAUAUUAUUAAUAAAUAUUGAUUUUUCAUAAUAAAAAUAAAAAUAUCAAAAUUUAUGAAAUACUUCACAAUUUUGGUUUAUAGUUAUAAUUAUUUUAUAAAAUUCAACAAUAUAAUAAGUAUAAAGUGCGCAAAACAAUUUUAUUAAUUAAGCACACUUAAAAAGUUAUUUGUUUAACGUUCGUUUGUGACAGUUAUAAAAUUCACGCAAACCAUACUUCAGCUGAGGGAAUAUUGUAAUUGUCUCGUGUAAAUAAAGCAUUCACACUGCACAUAAAAUAAAA